AUGGUCGCCGGGGACGACGCCUGUAUCACCGACGACCGCAUCCGCGAGAUCCUUCGCGUCCCUCCCGACACGGAGCUCAGCCUGAACGCACUCCCCGAAUCAGAACCUGGGGCUCGCCCAGGCCAGUCAUUGACGGCGCUCGCCCAGUUUGCGAUCCUGGGGAGCGAAGACCGCAGGCUAACUUUGUCGGAGAUCUACGAGCGGCUCGAGGAGAGGUUCGAGUGGUUCGGGAGGGACAAGAACAAGUCGUGGAAGCGUUCUCUGCGCCAUGCGCUAUCCCUCCACAAAGUGUUCGAGCAUGUCCCGCGUCCCCUGACGGACCCCGGGAAGGGUGGCUACUGGACGCUCAACUUCAACUUC